GCGGUCGGAGCGCGGCACGACUGGGCGCUAAGAUGGCGGCGGCGUGAGUUGCAUGUUGUGUGAGGAACCCGGGGCCGCCGCGUCGCUCGGGCCUCGCCAUGGCCGUCACCAUCACGCUCAAAACGCUGCAGCAACAGACCUUCAAGAUUCGCAUGGAGCCUGACGAGACGGUAAAGGUGCUAAAGGAGAAGAUAGAAGCUGAGAAGGGUCGUGAUGCUUUCCCUGUAGCUGGACAGAAACUCAUCUAUGCUGGCAAGAUCCUGAGUGAUGAUGUCCCCAUCAGGGACUAUCGAAUUGAUGAAAAAAACUUCGUGGUUGUCAUGGUGACCAAGGCCAAAGCUAGCCCAGGCACCUCAGUAACCACAGAGGCCUCCCCCACUGCUGCCCUGGAGUCCUCCAUCUCCUUCCCACCGGCCCCUGCCUCAGGCAUGUCCCAUCCCCUGCCCACCACCAGAGAAGACAAGAGCCCAUCAGAGGAAUCUGUCCCCACGACGUCUCCGGAGUCUGUGUCAGGCUCUGUUCCCUCUUCAGGUAGCAGCGGGCGAGAGGAAGACGCAGCCUCUACGCUAGUGACUGGCUCUGAGUAUGAGACGAUGCUGACGGAGAUCAUGUCUAUGGGCUAUGAGCGGGAGCGGGUCGUGGCUGCCCUGAGAGCCAGCUACAACAAUCCUCACCGAGCCGUGGAGUAUCUACUCACGGGAAUUCCUGGGAGUCCCGAGCCAGAACAUGGUUCCGUGCAGGAGAGCCAGGUAUCCGAACAGCCAGCCACGGAAGCAGCAGGAGAGAACCCCUUGGAGUUCCUGAGGGACCAGCCCCAGUUCCAGAACAUGCGGCAGGUGAUUCAGCAGAACCCAGCGCUGCUGCCUGCCCUGCUCCAGCAGCUGGGCCAGGAGAACCCUCAGCUUUUGCAGCAAAUUAGCCGGCAUCAGGAGCAGUUCAUCCAGAUGCUGAACGAGCCCCCAGGGGAGCUGGCAGACAUCUCAGACGUGGAGGGGGAGGUGGGUGCCAUAGGUGAGGAUGCCCCGCAAAUGAACUACAUCCAGGUGACGCCACAGGAGAAGGAAGCAAUAGAGAGGUUGAAGGCCCUGGGCUUCCCAGAGAGCCUGGUGAUCCAGGCCUACUUCGCUUGCGAAAAAAACGAGAACUUGGCUGCCAACUUUCUCCUGAGUCAGAACUUUGAUGAUGAGUGAUGACUGGGAGACCCGGCCACCCGCAGCCCCCACCCUCACGCCCCUCCUCCAAAAAGUUUUAUAAAAGAAAAAAAUAUAUAUAUAUAUAUUCAUGUUUAUUUAAGAAGUGGGAAAAAAAACAAAAACCUUAAAAAAAAAAAAAAACCCAACUUUCCACCCUCCUAAACUGGCCCCUGUUCCCAUCUUGGCCUGAAAAGACCCUUGCCAGACAUCUGUCCCCCAUCCCCCACUCCAGCCCAGCCUUCUCCAAGGAGCUGGCAGAACUGAAGGUGACAGAUGGGCCCCUUUUGGCCUCUGUCCCAGCUCCCUGCAGCCAGAUGGAGAGGCGGCUGCCUGCUUCCCCAUCCCCCGAAGAGCCCCUGAGACCUCUCCCCCACCCGCUUCCUGGGUGUGGGGAAGCUGGAGCCCCAAACUUUGAUCUUCCAUUGGAGUGGCCCAAAUCUUUCCAUCUGAAAUGAAUACUCAAGAGGUCCACGGCCCCUUCCCCAGUCUGGCCUUGGCCUACAACCUGCAUCCCUUUGCUGGGGAGGAGGCCUGGUUUGUCCUGCCUGGGAAAGGGAUAAUGUUAUGAGGCGGAGACCACCCCCACCCCGAACACAGAACUGUGUCUGAUAAAGGUUUUGAAGUGAAUAAAGUUUUAAAAGACAGUCCUGUGGUCUGUGCCUGCUGGGGCUUCCCACUCCUGGACUGGGGGCUACUUGGGCACAGGUGACUUGGGAAUGCCAAGGAGGGCAGAGGGGUAUGGCAGCCUUUGCAGAUUGGGGCUCUCAGUGUCCUCCUCCCACAAAGCUGUCUUGUUCCCAGUGAGCCCCAGUUCAGCCUUGGAAGGAAGGAGUGUUCACCGUCCCCCACUAUCAUCACUACAGUCUGUUUUGGCUAUAUUUUUCCUCUGGUAAUUGGCUAAUUACUGGAGAUUAAUGUUGGUAAACAGAAGCCUCCUUCUCUGCCAUCUGCUCCUCCAUUAUUUCCCCAUUGCAUCUCCUUUACUCUCUCUCUCUGAAGCCCCAGUUAGUCAGUGGGCUAGCAUCCCUGAAGGAGAGGCAGGCACCAGGUGUUGGGGAAGGACCCAAGGAGGGGCACACACAAUACAGAGCCCUCUGAGGUUGGGGAUAACAGAUUUUAUUGGGAAAGGACACAGCUCAGGAGCUGGGUGCUGUGGAGACUGGGUCCUGGGCUGUACUGGCAGCCAUUGCAGCAGCACGUGCCUCCUUCUUCUGUCUUUGUUUCUCCUCCUUGAGGCGCUUUCGCUCCUGCUUCUCCAGGUCCUGCAGCAGCUCUUGGAAGCGGGUGCUCCGUGGGUCCACGUGGUAGCCCAAGCGUUCCUGGGCCUCAGCUUGCAGACGGGCCCGCCGCUCCUUGUCUGCCUGUGCCUUCUCCCUGCGCUCCUGCUGUUGUCGCUGCCAGUUCGCAAUCAUCUGUGGCAUCUUGGCCAUUCGCUCUGCAAUGAGCUGCUCCCUGCAGGGGGAAGUAGUGUGGGCAGUAAGAGAAUAACCCCCAGCCAGGGCAGCGUCCAUUUUUCCACACCCCACCUCUCCCAACUCCUCUGUGAAGAGAAAUGGAAGGUUUAUUAUGACCUUUAUACUUAGAAGUCCUUGACAAGAAAGAGGGGAUGAACUAACUUGUAUGUAACCCUGAGCACGAGCCAGUGCCAAGCCCCAGAAACUCUUGGAAGCAGACCCCAAGUCAUCGUUACAUUUCACUAAGCUGUCUACUGAGCCAUCCAAGCGCUGUUCACCAUUUGGGGCCACUCCCACAGCUCCUCCAUUGUACAGAAAUUGAGCACAGCUGAUGCAGAGGGCCUAGGGUAGGAAUGUGCUGUAUGCUAAGCCUAGUUCUAGGCAUAGGAGUGAAAGCAAGAAACGACUGGACCUUUUCCUCUAAUUCUAUGAGUUUGUAGAGGCUAAUCACAGACCCACUUUAAGAACUAGAGAAAUGAAGCUUGAGGAACUCAAGCUUCUGGGUAGGGUUAUCUAGCUGGGAUGGGACACAGACAUAUCACUACUUGGAUAGCUGGACAAGUGACUGCCGUCCCUGCCUGUUUCCUCAUCUCUAAAAUGAAGGUAUCCCCUCUUAGGAGUUGAUGGGAGGACAAGAACAUUAAGUUCCAGGAACACACAACCUGCUACCCCAACUUGCCUCCCUCAGGUGUUACCAUCCAAAUGUCCCUGGACUUUCUUCCCUCACAUCUAAUCCUUAAGAUGUGCCUCCUAUCCUUCAUUCUGGAAUGCUUCACCUCCCACUCUUCCCCAGUUACACUGACCUUAAUUUAAGACAUUUCUGCCUCAGGGCCUUUGCACGGCCUGUUUCUGCUACCAGGAGCUCCCCUCCAUCCCCCCACCAUGGCACGUCAUCACUCAAGUCUGCUUAAGCAUCAAGUCCUUAAGAGGCUCGGGUUCUCCCAAAAACGUUUGGCACGUACUCUUCAUCUGUCUUUUAUCUUCCUAAUGGCUCUCUGUCACCAUUUUUCACACCGUAGGUGCUUAACUUAAUCCUGAGGUCUGUUUUGCGGCUAGGAGAGCAUGCACGUAAAUCCACAACAAUGCAACCCAUGUGAUAAAAGCUCGAAGGAGUAAGCACCCCUAGAGCACAGUUCACACGGUAGACCGCCCGGGACGUGGGUCCUACCGCCUGCAUGCACGCACCUGGCCUGACGCUUCUGCUCCUUUGCCAGCUGCUGUAGGCGCAGCGAUUCCUGCAUGGUCGCCAGGCUUGGGCACCAUUCACGCUCCUCUUCCUCCAGCUCGCGCAGCUGUUCCCGCGACGGCCACAGGGACCCCGAGUCCACUCCCGAGGCGGCGCCGUGC